CGCGGGGCAAAUAAGACAGCUAGACGGAAAUUGGGUCCCCGCCGGACUUGGUUCCGUUUCACAGUGCGUGUUCUGGGUGUGAGAAACUCAGAGCUUAGUGCACCCGAGGACGCCGCACCAAAGUUGAUCUGAUCCUGCAGCUUUCGUGGGAAAUGCCGUAGGUCACUGAACCCUACUCUUUGGUCUCCCUCUUUUCUAUACCCUCCUUUUCCGCCGUUCCAGACCUCUGGAAAGAGAUGCUUUUGCCCUCUCCCAUGGCCUUUGGAACGGGUGGACACUUUCCUCUCAACCAGAAAUCCUUCCAACCUGUGUUUAUCAAGGAUCUCUGGCUUGGCAUCUUGCUCCUUUCUCCCAGAUUUCCCCUCUCUCUCUAUUUGCGCCCCUGAGUGCUCCUAAAGCAGAACCAGUUCCCAGCUCUGCGAUCUCCAGUUGUCACUUCCCUGUGUUCAUGGCGACAUCAGCUACCAGUCCCAGUUCACCUUUGCGGGCAGAGGAUCUUCUGAGCAACUCAUCAGACAUCCGUGGGCUGAACCAAGUGUCUUCUGAGGUGACCUCCCAGCUCUAUACUUCCUUGCAUCUAAAUCGCCAGGCAGAAGCCACAGCCCGAGCCCAGCUGUACUUACCUUCCACCUCUCCACCUCUUAAUGAGGUAUUAGAUGGCUUGGCCCAAGAGCUCAGUCAGAGCUUGUCAGUUGGAUUGGAAAACAACUUGAAGAAAAAGGAUGGUUCCAAGCAUAUCUUUGAGAUGGAAAGUGUUCGGGGUCAACUCCAGAGCAUUCUCCAAACCUCACGUGAUACAGCCUAUCGAGUUCCCCUUACCACAGAGGCAGGCUCGGAACGACGGGAAGAGGACUCCUUUGAGAGUGACAGCACAGCCACCUUACUUAACACCCGGCCUCUGCAAGACUUAUCUCCAUCCAGUUCAGCUCAAGCCUUGGAGGAGUUGUUUCCUCGAUACACCAGCCUUCGGCCAGGGCCCCCACUCAAUCCUCCAGAUUUUCAGGGCCUGAGAGAUGCACUGGAUUCAGAGCAUACUCGUCGUAAGCAUUGCGAACGCCAUAUCCAGAGCCUGCAGGCCCGAGUACUAGAGCUCCAGCAACAGUUAGCUGUGGCUGUGACUGCUGACCACAAGAAAGAUAUUAUGAUUGAACAACUGGACAAGACCCUAGCCCGAGUCGUGGAAGGCUGGAACAGACAUGAAGCUGAGCGGACUGAGGUGCUUCGGGGACUCCAGGAAGAACGCCAGUCAGCUGAACUUGCCAGAAGCAAGCAGCAGGAGACAAUAACCCGCCUAGAACAAAGUCUUUCUGAGGCCAUGGAGGCCCUGAAUCGGGAGCAGGAAGGUGCAAGACUGCAGCGACGGGAGAAAGAGACACUGGAAGAAGAAAGGCAAGCUCUGACUCUCAGCUUGGAGCUAGAGCAACAGCGCUGCCGGACCUUGCAAGAAGAACUCGAUGAGGCCCGGGCAGGGCAGCUCAGUGAAAAGCGACAAUUGGAGACACUUCAGGUUGCCCUAGAGCAAGAACGGCAGGCCUGGGCCCAGCAAGAACAACAGCUGAAGGAGCGUUACCAGGCACUGCAGGAAGAAUAUAAGAAUCAGUUGGAAAGGGAGAAGGGAACCAUCCAAAGGGAGGCCCAGACGACCCGAGAGGCGCAGCAGCAGCUGGUAUUGGUUCAGUCUGAGGUGCGGCAGUUGGAGGGGGAGUUGGAUGCAGCCCGGAGUGAGAGAGAUUCCCUGCAGCUGGAAAUGAGCUUGUUACAGGCCCGAUAUGAAAGCCAGAGGCUCCAGCUGGAGUCGGAGCUGGCUGUGCAGCUGGAGCAGCAAGUGACAGAGCGGCUGGCGCAGGCUCAGGAGAGCAGCCUGCGACAGGCGGCCUCCCUGAGGGAGCACCACAGGAAGCAAUUGCAGGACCUCAAUGGACAGCACCAGCAGGAACUAGCUGCACAGCUGGCUCAGUUCAAGUUGGAAAUGGCAGAAAGAGAGGAGCGGCAGCAGCAGGUGGCACAGGACUAUGAGCUCAGGCUGGCCCGGGAGCAUGCGAGAGUGCGGGAGCUGCAGAACGGGCAGCAGCAGCUGGAGGAGCAGCGGGCGGACCUGGUGGAGCGACUUCAGGCCAUGCUGCAGACCCACUGGGAGGAAGUCAGCCAGCUGCUGAGCACGGUCACUCUGCCUCCCAACCCCCUGGUUCCUGUUGCCAAACCUUCCAGCCCUGGGCCUCAGGAACCAGAGAAGGGAGAGAAGAGGAUCUGGAACAUGCCUCAGAUGGCAGUGGCCCUGAAACCUGUCAUGCAGCAGAGCCGGGAAGCAAGAGAUGAGCAGCCUGGAGUACAGCCUGUUCUCGGCUCUUCCCCAGAUCUCAGCCUUCUGCUCGACCCCCCUUUCCCGAACCAGCAUUCCUUCCAGCCCCUGGAGCCGAAGCCAGAUCUCACCUCAUCCUCAGCUGGGGCCUUCCAUCCUGAUCAUAGAGCAGAGCGGCCAUUCCCUGAGGAAGAGCCUGGGUCUGAUGGGGAUGGCUUCCUAAAGCGAGGGCUGCCACCUCCUCAGCUGGAGGGCCUCAAGCAUUUUUUGCACCAGCUGCUGGAGACAGUCCCACAGAACAGUGAGAACCCUUCUGUUGACCUGUUGCCCCCUCAGUCUGGUCCUCUGUCCGCCCCAUCUUGGGAGGAAGCCCCUCAAGUGCCACGUCUUCCACCCCCUGUUCAUAAAACUAAAGUGCCCUUAGCCAUGGCAUCUAGUAUUUUUCGAGUCCAUGAGUCCAACGAGUCGACCCGUUCACAAGGCAAUGGUCCCAGCAGUGGGUCCCCAGAAAAAGGUGGAGAUGAACUCACAUUCCCAAGGCAGCUGAUGGAGGUGUCUCAACUGCUGCGACUGUACCAGGCUCGGGGUUGGGGAGCACUGCCUGCUGAGGAUCUGUUGCUUCACCUAAAGAGGCUGGAGCACAGUGGGAAUGAGAGUCGUGGGGAAAAUGCUCCCAGAAGGAACACAGAUGCUCGCUUGGGUGAAAUCUCCCGGAAGGAGAUUCCCUCCCAAGUUCUCCCUCGCCGCCUCGCUACGGCUCCUAAAAUGGAAAAACCUUCAGCCCGGAAGAAAAGUGCUCAUCCUACCCCUAGUAGCAUCAGGAGUCGGGGGGGAAUCUGGAGAUAAGCCCGUUACCCUUCUCCCCUUCAUUUUAUUAUUGCCACCACCCCCAUCAUCAUCAUUUUAAUAAAUGCUCAGUAAUAUGUACUAACAGUUAUGACUUAGGAAUUUGGAAAGUGGAGGUUUAGUUGGAAACUUCCUUGUAAGAGACUUCACUUUAUUCCACUGUCAAAUGUUUUUCUGUUCUGUGGGAAAUGACAUAAAUUCCUCAAAAGAAAACGCUCUAGAGCUAAGUUUAGUGUUUUUAGUGAGCUAGGGUUCAGUGUCUCAAGAUAAAGCUCUGGUUGGUAGGAUUAUUGAUGAUCCUUAUUUUCAUCUUUGUACUUUUCUGUACUUCCUAAAUUUUCUGAAAGAGAACAUAUUACUAAUCAUAAAAAACCUUUUGUUUCU